AUGGAGGAGAUAAGUAGCACGAAGUUUAAUGAUGAUAAUACAUUUGAAUGUAGAAAUGCUAGUCAAAUGCAAAUUGGUGAAAAACCGUGUUUAGGAAUGAAGUUUAAUAGUCAUGAGGAGGCCUAUGACUAUUAUAACUCGUAUGCAUUGAUGAUGGGAUUUGGAAUCAGAAAAAGCUCAGUGAAUUACUCUCAGAAAGAUAAAGAAGUGUUUAAUAGAAAAUUUGUUUGUGACAAAGAAGGUUACAGAUCUAAUAAAGACAAGAGAGAUUUAGGAAAAAAUAUUAAUCAUCGGCGAGAGACUAGAGUUGGCUGUAAAGCAAUGAUGAGAAUAAAAUUAAUGGAGGAUAAAACAUGGAAAGUUAUAGGUUUUACUGAAGAUCAUACAAACCACAUGCUCAGUAGUCCAGAUAAAGCAAAGAUGCAUAGGUCACAUCAACAAUUUCAUAGAAGUAAAAGGUGUCAAAAUAUGAUUCAAUGUUUGCAAGAAGAAGGUAUUACUCCUUCCACUAUUUCUCGUGUUAUUAACGCUACAAGUGGAAGAGAAGAUGAAUCAGUGACACCACAACAGUGCAUUGACUAUAUGAAAACUCAAAGGCACAAUAAUAUUGGUAAUGAAUGUUUAUCUGUUAUCCAAUAUUUUCAAAGAAAGGCGGCUAAUGAUGCAGAUUUUUAUUUUGCACUGGAAGUAGAUUGUACUGGACAAAUGAGAAGUGUUUUUUGGGCAGAUGGAAAAUCAAGAGCAAAUUAUUUGAAGUUUAAUGAUGUUAUUGUGUUUGAUGUGACUUAUAAAACCAAUAAGUUUAGUCUUCCAUUUGCACCAUUUACUGUGGUGAAUCAUCAUAGGCAAUCUACUUUAUUUGGUUGCGCAUUGCUAGCUGAUGAACAAGAAGAAACAUUUGUUUGGUUGUUUCAGGAAUGGUUAAACUGCAUGCAUGGAAUUGAACCAGGUGCUAUCAUCACAGACCAAGACCGAGCAAUGUGUAAUGCUAUUCAUAAAGUCUUUCCAAACACAAGGCAUCGUUAUUGUUAUUGGCAUCUGCAGCGACAUAUUGCCGAUCAUUUGCAUACUUUGAAUUCUGUUUAUGGUGAAGAAUUUCAAAAAUAUUGGGACUUGUUGUGUAAUAGUGGUAACAUUGAGAACUUUCAUUUGAAUUGGCUCGAGAUGAAGGAGAAGUUUAAGAUAAUAGAAGAAGAAGAUGGAUGGCUGCAAACUAUGUACAUGUAUCAAGACCAUUGGGUGUCAUGCUUCUUAAAAGGUAUUUUUUUUGCAGGAAUGAGAUCAACCCAAAGGAGUGAAAGCAUCAACUCAUUCUUUGAUGGAUAUGUGAAUUCACAAACACAGUUAAAAGAAUUUGUAACUCAAUAUGAAAAGGCUGUGAUACAUCGACGAUUGAGUGAAACACAUGAAGAUUUUAGAACUCUUAAUACAAAACCGCAGUUUCACCUUGGUCAUCCAAUUGAAAGACAAGCUGGAAGUUGUUAUACCCGCACUAUGUUUCAUGUAUUUUAG